CGGCCGCUAGGUUGCUUUGCCGUUACGGUGUCCUGUUGGUGGUUACGCUGCGACCGUUUAUCUACAAGCCAGAGGGAUUGGAAAUUAAGCAGUAGUGGGUGCGAUCGUACAACGACGACGACGACGAGCGUUACAACCGAGCAGUGGUGGUGUUACGGCUUUGAUGCAAGUGCAAGUUGGCAAGUCGAUAUCGCUGUGGCAUCCCAGAAUCCGGGCGUUUGACCUUACGCCGAUAGGCGGAAAAGAAAGCGCCGACCUCCGCCAGUCGGGGGCUCGCUUGGAGCGUUGGUGGCGCUGGUGGGUGUUGCUUUCGUCCGUGGUGCGGCGACGGCGGCGGCGGUGUCACCACCCCACAUGAUGGUGAUAGAGGGAAAGUAGAACAAACAGCCAGAACAGACAGAGAGUGUUCACCGAUGAAGAUUGCCAAGUGAAAAUCCAGCUACAUUUGCGCCCCCCCAUAGCAACGCCCGUUACGGUGGAAACAUAACCUAACUCUUUUGAGCCCAUCAAAAUACGUCAAGCCUCUCUCUGGCUUUUAAAAGAGGGCGACCGAACGAGUUUCGCUCACUCACUCGCUCGCUCCGCAUGCGUAACGUUGCUUGGGUUACUUGCCUGGUUGCGUGUGUGGUAGUGCUAUCGGAGCUCGCGUUCGUGGAAAGUGUGCGUGCAUUUCAUUUGAUUGUUGGCCUGUGGGAUUGUUUUUGGAAGCAGGAAAAUAGGGUUCCAGCGUUUGAACGCGAAAUUGUAGCCCAAUGCUCCGUCGAUUGCGCAACGGUGAAGGCUGGGAAAAGCAAGUGCAAAGCAAUCGGUGACAUUCGCCAUAUUUGCGUGCAGCGAGAACGAACAAGACAGAGCGCGCGAGGGAGACAGAGAACGAAUGAUCGGAGUGUGCUCCUUGCGAUUGAACGAAGGGCCAAGAAGCAGCGUAUAUAAACAGAGGAGACGUUCGUAGCGUGAUUGUUUGUGCAAAACGUGGUCACAUUUGUUCGUGGAUCGACAAAAUUAUCUACACGCAAAAGCAACACAAUGGUUGCCAAGAUUUGCAAUCGGGUGAUCCCGAACGGCGGGCUGCAGCACAUGAACGCUGUCAGGGUCAGCAACGUCAAGCGGAACCUUUUCGGGGGCAAGGUAGACUCGGAGAAAUUGAAGCAGUUGGUCGAGGAACAACUCGCCUCGGAGAACGAGGAGAAAAGAAAAAAAUGGAGCUUUGAUUUUAAGGAUGGCCGACCCCUGGAAAGUGGUUCUUACCAGUGGAAACGGGUGGUGCCGGCGCGACCGGCGACCCAAUCCCCACCCACAGCCAUGGUCAUUCCGGCGACACGACGGCUGCAGCGAGCGACGAGCUGCGAACCGCUUCCGAUGGAGGAACUGAUGGAUGUCCGGGCCGAACGGGCCAACAGGACGGAUGAAGAGCAGCACUCGGACAUAGCGGAACCAGAAUCGACAGAUCGGGCCAGCACGGCCACCGACAGCACUACCACCGCCUGCAAGGUCAUGACACCGCCACCGUCUCCAUCUUGCAGUUCGACGACAGCGAGCGGUGAAAAGGAACCGAAAACCAGUGUUGCUGACUACUUCAAAAAAUGCAAGCGACUGUCGGUCCGCACCCAGAACAAGAAGGUGCUGUCCGAAGCGACGACAACGCCGCCGGCUGCUGUAAGCCGCCCCCAUUCCGUGCCAUCAACUUCUUCCGACUAGGCUUCCGACCAAGAUCACACGGAGGACCCGCGCAGGCGAGGAGGUCGUUCGUUCCCACCGGAAAAGGAGACAGCGGCGUUAUCAUCCUUCACCGCGCGCGCCCCUGUACCCAUUAAUUUUAUAGUUUAGACUCUUGUUUAAGGUGGCGAGAGCACCUUUUUGCUUAGAUAUAAUAUUAUUAUUUUUUCGAAUACCUUUACAAAGCCUACGAUACGAAACGCAAAUCUCUUUAGGAUUCGCAAUGCGAAAGUUUCUUUUGCAUCAAUGCAGAGUGCGCCCGCUGCGGCCGGAUGUUGGAUUUCUGUGACGUUCCGCGGAUGCGGUAUUUGACCACUGGCCGGUAGCGAGCGCGCUCUCGACCGAAAUCGAAAGCUUGUUUUUGAAACGAGUACCCAAAUCUAUGCGUUCAUUUUUAACGUGUACCCAAAUAUUGAACGCUCAAAAUGUUUUAGAAUCUUUUAAUCAUUUCUUUUCUACCUCCUUUUCUUUUUAAUCUGUAAGAUCCCCAACAAACACAACUGGCUACCCAAAAUUUUUUGAAAUACAGUUUUACUUCACUAUAAACGACGAUCGACCCGUCCCCGAGUUGGCGGAAUCAGAAAUCUUGCGCACCCUGCGCGUUGUACAUAAAACCCUGAAGAAAUCGAUUCUUUGAAAGUCGAUCGUAGGGAUCGAUUUUUAAAUGCAAACGAUUUAAUCGCCCUAAGUUAAGUUAAUUUAAAUCAGAGCGAUAGGGACUAGGUUUAGUAGUAUGGCCUCUUGAGAUCACCACCGGCAUAUAUCCACCACACACAAAUCGCACAUGUGAAGUGGUAGAAUUUCGCGAAAAGUGGGGAGAAUAUAUGCAAAGAUCUCGUAACUGCUACUGCACACUGGACCCCCCUCGGGGAAGGGCCCACAUGCGCGCGCAAUAGUCGAGGGGAUGGUGAGGACGAG